AUGCCAAGCGUAAAAAGGGAGGAAAGGAACGCGGCGCAACGAAAAUGUCGAGCUGAGAUGUCCAUUGAACAAAGGGAAGAGAUUAAUAGGAAACAACAAGAGUACCGAGCACGGAAAAAGGCUGCAACCCAAAAUAUUACCACUUCCUGUGUUGUGUCUCCAACAGAGCUAACAUCGUCACCCAUAGUAGAUGAUAAUUUGCCUAGGCCACGCCACAACCAUGUACAAGGUGAAACCAAUGAAGAUGAAUUUGACCGUGAAUUAUUCGAACCUACAAAUAUUGUUGAAGGCGGUGAAGAAGAUGACAUGAAGCGCCGCCGAGGAUUUACUGGCGAAAACUUAUAUGCUCAUGAUGAUGGAAUAAUUCAGCUACAUCCGAGAGGUCCUAAUUAUGAGUCAUAUCGCGUGCUUGUAGAGGGUGCGGCUGCACAUAGUGUGACGGAUGAUCCAUAUGAAUUCAUCUACCAGAACCUGCCACAAAGACAUAGGUUGAGAAAUGUCCCUGACUGCAAUUACUGUGGUGCGAUGAGGUUUCAGUAUGAGCCACCCGGGUUUUGUUGUAGAAAAGGAAAAAUAAAAAUACAUAUAUCGGAGGUUCCUGCAGAGCUAAAAAGGUUGUUUAUAAGUCAAGUGCAUGAUGAUGCAAAAUAUUUCUAG